AUGGAAAGUCAAACGUUAACAUCGGCAACUGUAUCACGUUCGGAAUCUGUAGGUUCAUUACUAAAUGAACGUAGUUACGACGUUGCACCACAGUCUCCAUCUACUCUACGUUUAACAUAUAGUCCCAAAUUAGAGUCAGAUUUACCAUAUAGCAGUGAUAACCAACAUGAUAAAAAUCAAAUUGUUACUGAUAAAUCAGAGAGAAUCUUUCUUCUACCCGGUACUGAACAGAUUGUGAAAGUUAUUAAAAAAUUUACUAUUUCUGAAAAUGGUAAUAAGGAAUAUAUUGAACGUGAUAAUGAAGAAGUUUUUUAUAAUAUCAACAAUGAUGAAGAUAAUGAGCAGGAUUUAAAUGGUUUCAGAAAAAACCAACAUACUAACAAAACAGAACAUAAAUAUUACAGAACAAAUGUGCUGCAUAAAAGGCAACGAGUAUUACACCGUUCAAAUCGUAGUCAUCAUGAACGUCAUCAUCAUCGCCGUCAUCAACGAAACCAAUCUCAUGAUUAUAUUGAUGGUCUUCAAAGUAGUGAACAAUCUCAAUCUCCGGUGAGAACAGAAUCUGUAGAGAAAUCAAAGUACACCAAAUAUAAAAAACCUGUUACAUCAGUUCAAAGCUCAGUUACAUAUGAUCCAUACAAUAAUGAACAAAAACGUGUAAUCAGUCGCUUAAAUUUGAUAGCACCUGGACCAGCUCAAUCAUCUGAUUUAAAUGAGAACGAGGUCAUGUCAACUGAUGGAUUCCAUGAUACAAGUCAUGAUGUACAAUCUUACUUAAAUUCCCAAAAUAGAAAUGUAGCUUUAUCAGAAUUAAAGCAGAAUCGAUUGUUUUUACCCACUAAAACUAAUAAGAAAAACCGUAAUAAAUAUAAAAAUCAUUCACGACGGAAUGAAUAUGAAAGUCACCACGAAAAGUCACAUUCAUCAUUGAAUCGACUAUGUUCACAUACUCCAUAUAACUCUGGUGCUUGUCGAAAAUGCAAUGUUAUGUGUUCAAAAUGUAAUGAAAGUAUUCAUCAUUUAAAUCAUUAUAACAGUGAUUCACGAUCAUUACACCAAGCUGAUAUGUAUUGUGAUCGAAGAUUACGUGGAGUAAGUUGUUCAUCAUUAGAUCAUGAAUGUCAGCUAAAUUCAAGUCGGAGAUAUAGAUCAUUAAGUGGUUCGAAAAUGGUUACACCAUCUGGUCACCAUCAUCAUUAUCAACCACACAGACAUAUAUGUUGUGCUAAAUCAAUACCGUCUUUAAGUACAUUAGAUUUCUAUGAUACAAAUUCUAUUUAUACACAUAGCCUAGAUUCUAAUCGCCAUAUCAAUUUUAUAGAAAUUGAAUAUAUGCAAGUGGAUAAUGGUGAUAA